CCGAGCGCACGCUGCCCCUCCCGGGGUCUCCCAUCUUUAGGUCGGGCCACGUGGCCCCGCCUCUCGCCUACCACUCGGGCUGCGGUCCCUUUAAGUGCGAAGGUGGGGGCGAGGAGGGUUUUGAAAAGGGGGGGGAAAUGCUUUGCAAGAUGGCUGCUCGCCGGUCACGUGUCCCGUCGCGGCGCCUGAUUGGUUCCUCGGGGCCCUCAGGGGGCGGGGCCGCCAGCGGCUCCGGUUUGCCGAAACCUCCCGGCGCGCCCCUGCGAGGUCCCCCCUCCCGCCCGGCGCGCGACCCCGCCGCUUCGAAUGUUGUGAAUCAAAUGUGGGGUUUGUUACAUUCCGCCGCCGCCGCGGACAGUUCUUAAAGGGCCAGCCGCCGGCAGCUGCGCACCGCCGGCCGCGUCCUGCGCCGCCUCCCGCUCCCCGAGGGCCGGGCCGAGAGAGGCGGACCGCGCGUGGGCCUCGCGAGGCGGACGCCGCCGUCGGACGGACAACAAAGAGAGAGGGCCCCGGAAGGAGCCGGACCGCCCCCGGACCGGGGGGUGGGGAGGGGAGCACUUUGUUCCGCCGGGCGGGGGGCUCUUAAAAGGUCCUGGCUGCCCCCCCCCGCCCCCCUGCCCUCCUGCCCCGCGGUGGCGGCUACUUAGGUCGGGAACAAAGGACUCAACGUGUGAAGGCUUGCGAACCCCAGCCCCGCCCCGCCGCCCCGCCGCCGCCCCUGAUGAGACCAUGGGCAUUGCCGGCGACUAGGUGGUCCCCGUCGGUGCCGGUGGGUCAGCCACGGUUCCCUGCAGAAGCCGGCCUUGGGAAAGGUAGCCCCCUCCCCACCCCCUUCCCUUCCCCCAUGGGUAUCCCCCCCUCCAUCCUCCUGGGGCCUCGGCCUGCCCAGGACGAGCAGCUUCUGUCCCCCCAGCAGCUGUCGCCCCGGCCAGUCUGCCCCCGAGAGGAGCGCCGAGCCUCGGCUCCUGCCGGCGGGAGCCCGCGAAUGCUGCACCCAGCCUCCCAGCAGAGCCCGUUCAUGGUUGAUCUCCACGAGCAGGUGCACCAGGGCCCCGUCCCUCUGUCCUACACGGUCACCACGGUGACCACCCAGGGCUUCCCCUUGCCCGCCAGCCAGCACAUCCCUGGCUGCAGUGCCCAGCAGUUGCCAGCAUGCUCCGUGAUGUUCAGCGGGCAGCAGUACCCACUGUGCUGUCUCCCACCCCCGCUGAUCCAGACCUGCACGGUCCAGCAGCUCCCAGUGCCCUACCAGGCGUACCCCCAUCUCAUCUCCAGUGACCACUACAUCCUGCACCCCCCACCGCCCGCCCCGCACCCGCAGCCCGCCCACAUGGCACCCCUGGGGCAGUUCGUGUCGCUGCAGGCUCAGCACCCGCGGAUGGUGAGACUCGGGGCAGGGAUGAGGUGAGGGGGGCAGUUGGGGGUCCGCCCCCUGCCUCACUGACUCCAGCCCUUACAGCGGCUGGACAGUGAUGUGGACCUGCGGGGCGACCAGCACCCGCUGGGGGGUUUCCCCUACCCCACCUCAGCGCCGGGCCCGGCCCUGUCGCCGUCGAUGCCCCUGCAUUACCUGCCUCACGAUGCACUGCACCCGGAGCUGCCCUUCGGUGUGCCGUAUCCCCACAUGGUGCCCCGGAGACUGAGCACGCAGAGAUACCGCCUGCAGCAGCCGCUGCCCCCACCACCCCCACCGCCGCCCCCUCCACCUUAUUACCCCAGCUUCCUGCCCUACUUCCUCUCGAUGCUGCCAAUGUCCCCCACAGCCAUGGGGCCCACCAUCAGCCUGGACCUGGACGUGGACGACGUGGAGAUGGAGAAUUAUGAGGCCCUCUUGAACCUGGCGGAGCGGCUGGGAGAUGCCAAGCCGCGGGGCCUCACCAAAGCGGACAUCGAGCAACUCCCAUCUUACCGCUUCAACCCCGACAGCCACCAGUCGGAGCAGACGCUGUGUGUUGUCUGCUUCAGUGACUUCGAGGUGCGGCAGCUGCUCCGGGUUCUCCCGUGCAACCACGAGUUCCACGCCAAGUGUGUGGACAAGUGGCUGAAGGCCAACCGGACAUGCCCCAUUUGCCGGGCCGACGCCUCCGAGGUGCCCAGGGAGGCUGAGUGAGCCCCCUCCCCAGGCCCCCAGCUUCCCGGGAGCACCCUCCCCAAAGCAUGGGGACCCGGGAGGAGGGGGAGGGGGCGGCUCAGGCCUGCCCCGUCCUCGCCCCCCCCCCCCGCCCCCGCCUCUCCUCGGCUGACGGCCGGUUGGCGCCUCCUUUGCAAUAAGCCCCUCCAUUUGCCAAGCUCCAAAGACUCCUUCCUGUCGGCCUGCCCGUCCGCCCCGUCGUCCCCGCCAGAGCUGCCGGAGUGUGGCACCCCCACGCCCCACGCCCCGCCCCCUGCAGCCUGUAGCUCCCACCUUCCUGGCGUGCACGCCCUCACGCACGCGCACGGGAAGCCCCAGGAUCCGAGACCCCCCCUGCCAUGCCGUGGGUGCCCUAGCCCCGCUGGGGUCUCGGAUCGGCAGAGAUGGGGGGUGGGGGCCCGUGCCCCCGGCCGCCAGCCGUCUUGGCGAAACCGGUGAGGCACGGGACAGGCACGCACACGCCAUAGCCUGCCGCCCGCGGGACCCCCACACUCGCAGGGCUGCCUAGUGGGGGGGGGGAGCACUCGCCCCCCUCCCCCCAGCGCCACAUUCCAGCUCUGCUGCUGUGAGCCACCUUGCACAUGGGGGGCCCGCGGGGGAGCAUGACUUCCGGUUUACUAGGGAGGGUCCCCCCCAGCCGAGGCCCCUCCCCCCGUUAUUAUUUUGCAUGAAAGUGAGGCACAGCUGUUUCUGGUUGAUUUCCUUGGGCCUGAAAUCACUUGCAGGUUUGGGGGUAGAGGUGGCAUUUUUUUUUUUUUUUUAGGCUGUUUCAUUUUUUUUCUAUUGAAGGGGACGGGGGUCACUCUAGGGACACACCCAGGACCAAGUACCCCACGGGCGGGGUGGCGACAGGCCUGUGUGCACCACUGGGGCCCCGCCAGGGGGCGGGGUUGGGGGCUCAGGGGUGUCUGCUCAGCUGAUAACUGCCACGCCUCAACACAGCACACGGCCCCCAGGGCCGGCCCCCCCCCCCCCCCCCCGAGCCCACUGGCAGCUCAUCAGGGCACUUUGCAACGCCCAGGUGAGGCUCCUCCUGGGAGACUGGGGAGGUAGGGGCCCCCCCCAGCCCCGCCCCGCCCCCCGCCCCCCCAGGUCCCACCCCUCCCGGGUCUGGAGGGACACCUCCGCCUACCUUCUGCCCGGUGGGCCCUACUGGCUUCCAUCUCCCUCCUCCCCGGGGCCCUGUUGUCUUCCUUCUCUACCCCAAACUGGGGGUCAGCGCCACCCCAAGCCCUAGAACGGACCGCGUGUGGGGCCGGCACAUCCUAGCAAGGAGCCCGUCAUCCCUCCCUCCUCCCCCGCCCCCCCUUCCUGGCUCCUGCUGCCUCAGGGAUGCUCCAACCACCGUCGUUCUUCCCCCAUAGCCACCCUGGCUGCCCCCACCCCCUUUCUCCAGAACCCGACACAUAACCCCCCUCCCCCCCCAGCCUGCCACGGGGACGGGCUCCUCCACCUGGCCACGCUCCCCUGUGGAGAACACAAAGUCUUAUACUGUAUAUAACUCCAGGUGACUUUCUAUAUUUAUAGCAGUGUUCAAACCCCCCUUCCCGAGUUUUACACCAAGAGCAACACCCCGACCCCCACCCCCCUCCCGGCCUAGCUCCCCUCCCCCCCAAUACACACACUUCUUUCCCCCAGUUCAGCAGUUCUGGGAGGACAGGAGGGGGGGGUGCGCGCGGACAACCCACAGCAGCACGCAGCAGCUACAACCAGGACGCCAGCAAGGGGUCCGAGGAGGGGGGUGGGGCGGGGGGGGGCCAGGGGGGUAAUGGGACCUUUGCAAGAAAAAUCAUUAAAAACUCCGAUUGCUCAAAACAAUUCCGUAGGAUGUUCGUGAUUUGCCAAUCUUGCUCUAGAGGCGAUGUUACCUGUGAUACUAUUCUCUGCCGUCGGGGCUUGUCACUGUUUACUCUGCGAAACUUCCGGCCGUGGGGAGGCGACCCAGCCCCACGGGGGCCCAGCAUCCGCGUUGUGUGUUAGAGAGGUUUUUUAUAUAUAUAUAUAAUUACAUAUAUAUGUGUAUGUAUAUGUACGUAUAUAAUUACAUGUGUGUAUAUGUACGUAUAUAAUUACAUAUAUGUGUGUGUAUAUAUGUACGUAUAUAUAUAUGCAGUGGGGGGCCUGUUCCUUGCACAUUUUACAGUUACCUCAUUUUUUCCCAUGUAUGUAUUUGAGAAAAUGCUAAUAUAUAGAGAAACAAACAAAAAAAUGGUUCUUAAAGCUUAAAUGUGUGGUUUUUUUCCUCCGUUUUCUUGAUUCCCAUAGGUUUGUAGCAUUUAACCUAACUAGUAUGUUGUAUUAUAUAUAUAUGUGUAUACUGAUUGAAAUUUUUAACAGAUUUGUACUUUUUUUAAAAUGGAAAAGUUGCUAGUUCUGCUUGACCAAGUAGUGCAAUCAUUAUUUUUUUUAAUAUUGUUGCUGAUUUCAGAGGGAUAUUCACUAAUAAAUGUAUGAUGUAUUAUUAAGUAUUUAUCAAGCUGA